AUGCCUGUGGAAGUCAUUGACCUCCUCUCCAGCCCGCCAGCCGCGGCGCCAUCUCACGACUUGACUGGAUCUGGCACAGCCUCGCCUACAAGAUCGUUCCCAGCUGCAAGAUCAUUGACUUCGGAUAUCCGCGAGUUCACAAAAGCAAAACCAGCUCAUAGGUGGGCGCCACCAGGUUAUGACCAAGAUCUCCCUCCCAUCUCCCUGGCUGGUUCACGAACGAGUGGUACCAACGCCACAUAUGAUCUCUACUUCACAUCUGAUGACUUCAGAUCCACCGGUGAGAUUGGAGGGGCUUCAUUAGACAUCGACUAUCGCUCUCCAAAAAGACGGAGGGUGUCAAAGGAGCCAGAUGAAGAGGUCCUGCGGACGUCUGCGUUAACCAAAGGAUCCUCAGAACCAUCUGGCGUGCGAUUCCACCGCCAAAGACUACCACAGCUGGGGCCUGACCCGAUCGAGUUCACCAGCUCCCCAGAGAUUGGCCCACCUACUCGCAGCCCUGUGCAAAGUUUACCUCGGGUUGAGGAUCCCUUUGCCACUUCCUCCCCAAAACGCGCCGACCGUGAACUGCAAAGGGCAGGUCCGGAAACCAACACAGCAUUGGACUCUGAUCCGUUCAAGAGUACCCCUGUGCAACUAAAGACCAAGUCUCCAAGGAAGGUCCUGGGAUGGGAUCCGAUAUCGAGCUCGGCUCCAGAAGCGGAGCGGAAGGACAAACCGAUUGAAAUUUCACAUUCAAAGACUUUGCUACGCAGUCGAUCCGAGGUCAUCGAGCUUAGUGAUUCUGAUGACGAUGACGGCGGGUUGAAGGCUUCUUCGGACAGCGAGUUCCCUGAGCUCGGUGAUCUUGAUGUUUCCAAGCUCAGGGCUGAGGCCCUCGCGGCGCGCUAUGCAAACGCACGCACUGACGAGGUCCCAGCACGAAAGGCCCUGACGGCCAAGCCGGUGAAUCCGACCAACAAGAGUCAGUGCUCGCGGGAUAACCAGGAGCAAGCCGCCGCGAAGGAAGCUGAAAGAGAACGCAAGAGGAAGGAGAAAGAGUUGGCCAAAGAGCAGAAAGCUCGCGAGAAGCAAAGAACUGCCGCCCUUGCGGAGGUCAACAAGGUCCGGACGGACAAGAAAGUCUCGAGCCCCGAGAUGAUUGUGGAUCUAUCUUCGACUCUGAACCCGACUGUCAAGCUGCAGGCCGAGGAGCUACUCCGGGACAUCUCGGUCCAGUCAAACUCUUGGGCCGCCCCCCUGGACAAUGUCAUCAAGUGGCGGAGGAAAGUAAGCAGCAGGUUCAACGACGAGCUGGGGCACUGGGAACCUGUUCCGACGCGCAUACAGCCCGAAAACCAUGUAAUGGUUGUCGUGCAGGCGGCGGAGUUUGUUAAGCUCGCUCUCGCCGACGACGGAGAAGAUCUAGAGGCCCACGUUCUCAGGAUGCAGCGCCACUUCCGAGAUCAGGAUAUCAUCUAUCUAAUUGAGGGGCUCACUCCGUGGAUGCGAAAGAACCGAAACGUACGGAAUCGGCAGUUCGUGUCCGCCGUCAGGGGCAACGGAGACGACUCUGCCACCGCCGCUCCUCCCAGCACCCAGCCGCCGCGCCGGAGGAAGAAGGACCAGCCCCAGGAGUACAUCGACGAGGACAGCGUCGAAGACGCGCUGCUGCAGCUGCAGGUCGUCCACGGCGUGCUCAUCCACCACACCAACACGUCCGUGGAGACGGCGCAGUGGAUCACCACGUUCACGCAGCACAUCUCGACCAUCCCCUACCGGCGGCAGAAGGAGCAGUUCAACGACACGGCCGCCUUCUGCAUGGAGACGGGCCAGGUGCGCACCGGGGACGGCAGGAGGGAUACGUACGUCCGGAUGAUGCAGGAGAUCGUGCGGGUGACGGCGCCGAUAGCGUACGGCGUCGCCGCCGAGUUCGACUCGGUCGCGAAGCUCGUCCGGGGCCUGGAGGAGGGCGGGCCGCUGAGGCUGGAGGACUGCCGCAAGAGCGCCAACAAGGACGGGGCCUUCUCGGACAGGUCCAUUGGGCAGGCCGUGAGCAAGAGGCUGUACAAGGUCUUCACGGGAAGGGACGAGACGAGCACUGAUAUCUGA